CUCGCCACCACCUGGUCCCGCAGUCCUAUCCUCGGGCACAGGCCUGGCGAAACCACAAGGGAAUCGCGUCUUUUGAUACUGCCGAAGAAGCUUAUUCAGUUCCUAGGUCAGGAUUCGUGGCCUGAGGCAGACGCCCACGUCCCUGCUGCCUCCUCACAGCCCCAGCGAGGUCUUGAAUUCUGUCUCAACAAUAAAUAUAAAGCGCUGCUGUUACAGGACAGAGACCCCGCCCCGGAAAGGUGGUCCAACUGACAGGACAGCUGGGGUAUAUAUAAGGCUGACCUAAGCUGACCGUGACCAGAAACGGACAGACUUCAGCACGAAAAGCUCCUCCCAGCUCAGCGCUCACACGUUCAGACACACAAGCCUCCGUUCACACAGACGGCAGGAUGAGGUCAAUGGUGCGCGUGGUGGUGGUGGUGCUGGCGAUGGCUGCCCUGGCCACCACAGUCCUCGCCCAUCCCGCGUGGAUAAGCGACAUCGCCAGUAGAGAAGAGGACGGCGAGGUGAGGGUGGUGCCUGUGAUGAUGGUCGCCCUGCCACACCGCCCUCCCCACUAUGCUCCUCCUCGCCCAGACCAAGUACACAAACGCAACUCAGAGCUCCUGAAUACCUUGCUGGGCUCUCAGGAUCUCGGAAACAUGAGGAACGCUGGCAGACGUUAAUUCCGGGCUGGACAGAGGCUGGAGUUCCGCGAGGCGCCGUGUAUGUAGUCUUUAUCAAUGAAAGACCACCACGUUAUCCCUGCCUGGGUCAUUGAGGCCAGAUUGAAUGCGAGAUCGGGACUUCGUAAAUAUUGAUAAUCAGACAUAACUUCAUGUAUCAGUACACGGAAACCUGACCACCAUAUCCUUCCUGUUUGCAUCAUCCGUGUGCCAAUCUGAAUACGAGAUCGGAACUUCCUGAAUAAUUGGACAUUGCUUCGACAUGGAAACUUGAAAAAAAAAUACAUACGAAUAAUCAAAUAUACAAAUAAUCGACCUGCAAAGUUAAUGUAGCCAUGUUAGCAAAAAUAUCCACCACUCACGACCUUGGAAGACUACUGAGUGAGGGAUUGGCAACACUGGUUUCUCGUAUGUCAUGAUCUGGAUAUUGCGAUUCUAAAAUGUGUGGUUGUGUUGAUCCCCACUCGCUCUCCCAUACAAGGCUCAUGCGCCACGUGUACGAGCAAUAAAGCGGAGAGAUCCAGUUUUCUUUUUUGUUGUGGUUUGUGUGGGACGUGACUUGUGGCUUGGUGUGAAUAAAUACCAUGGGCUUUUAAUGAUAA